AUGCCAGCUGGUUCGAACCUCCGAACUCACCGACUUGACCUACGAGAAGACCCUCAGCGGUGCCCGCUCACUCCGCACUACCGUUCCGUGAGCUUCAAGCGCUACUCCGCUCUCCCUCGUGAAGUGCGCCGGAAACUUCGAUAUCCCUACACUCGGAUGCGGGAGACUGCAGCAUUCGGUCUCCUAGUCCGACAAUUCGAGCGCACCUCUGGUCAGCCUCCGUCCGAUUUGGGAAGGUGUCGAGAUGCAAUGGAUCGUUGCUUUCAACUCCUCUGCGCACUGCAAGAUUGUCGUGCUCAAGGCGUAUUCCACGGCGACAUCAAGUCGGAGACUCCCUCUACAUUUCUCUACUUUUCCUCCUUUCGUUUUCUCUUCCAACUGGCUGGCUGGGUCGCCGUAACUUACGUGAUGAAGUAG